AUGUCCGACCCGGCCCCCCAGCCCGAACCACCCCGGCCCCCCCGCGUCUGGCUGAUAACCUCCGCCUCGUACCCCCUCGGACACGCAAUCGCACUCGCCGCGCUCCAAGCCGGAGAAUCCGUUGCAGCGGGCUGCACGCGCGAGGAAAUCCACGCCGACGAUGGGUCCAUGCGAGAGCUAAAGUUGAACGGCGGUGACAGAUUCGCCGUCGUCGAACUGGACACUAGGAAUAUCGCGCUCUGCCAGAGUGCCCUGGCGGAGACGGUGCACACUUUCCAGAGGGUAGAUGUUGUUUUGAAUUGCUCUUCCCAGUGUAAUUACCCCCCCCCGCUUCUCUCUCCCCCCGAGAAUUGCGGGUAACUGAUGUGGUGGUGUGGCGGGAAGCGUAUAUUGGGACUUUGGAGGAGUUGCCGCAUACGCAUGUUCUGGCACAAUUCGAAGCGGCCUACUUUGGUCCCGUGAACAUGAUGCGCUCCGCUGUGCCGUUCCUGAGGAGGCAGAGGGGUGGGCAUAUUGUGAAUGUUACCGGUCUCACGGGACAUAUGGGGACUCCUGGGCUAUCGGUGAGGUGCGCUGGGGAUCACGCGGUUGAGGGGUUUAGCGAUGUACGAUUUUUCAUUUCCUUAACAUAUGACAUGACGGUGGACUGGAGGUGGAAGGGAGUUAAUCUGGUGGGGUGUAAAAGGCGCUCGCGUAUGAAAUCGCCCCGUUCAAUAUUAAGGUUACAAUUGUGCAGCCCCCGCUUGAGGUCAAGUAUAUCUCUCGCUCCUCUAAUCAUAUACUCGCUGGACUUCAAUCGCAUUUGCUGAUGAUAGUUGUACCGACAGCGUACUCUCCUCGCGCAUCCACCUGACUCCCACCCGGGAAGAAGGAUACACAACCUUCGAGUCACUUUCUAGAAUUGUGGAGGCUGCGCCACCGUCGAAGGAAGUGCUGGAAGAGACGGUCUCGAUAGUUAUGCAUAUCGCAGCGUUGGAGAAUCCUCCCGGGAGAAUUGUCGUCGGUGCUGAGGGGAUUGAGCAGGUGAAGGAUCGGUUGAAGACCGUCAGCGAAGAACUGGAAGAGUUUCUAAGCGCUAGUCUAGGAGCGGAUAUUCCAAAGGAAUAG